AUGCAGCAGCACACCGAGACACGUUCCUCUGCACUUUCUCUGGAUAUAACACCUCGCAAACCCGACAAUCCUAUAUCAACCAGCACUCAGAAAAAUCACUUUAUUUGCUUCUCGUCCACCUUGGGAUAUGCGCUGCGCAACCCCGCUGACAUACUUGAGGGCACCCUCCAUCAUGAUUCCGAUUCAACCCCUUUCUUAUUGGGAGCUGAUGGAUGGGCGUCGGGACCCAGCCGUCGGCUCCUUUUCUGGGUACCUCCCGCUUCCCGACAGUCAUUUCUUUAUAAUCCUUGGACUGCAUUGGUCAUCCCAAGAGGAUGUAUCGAGCUUGACUUGAGUCGCAUGGCACAUGGGGAACACUGGUCGAAUUGCCGAGAUGCGUGA